AUGCCUGACACCAAAGGCCUCUUCCAAGCAGCAUAUGAUGGAAACAUUAGCGUUUUUCGGAAAUUUCUACUGGAUGAGGAGGACAUUGAUUCAUAUCGAGACAACGACAAAAACACUCUUUUGUCAAUUGCAGCCAAAAGCGGGCACGAAGAAGUAAUAAACUUCUUACUCGCGAAACAAGCCAACAUCAACGCAAGAAACAUCAAGGGCGAAACACCGUUUUCUCAUGCUGCGGAGAAUGGCCACACAGAUGCAGUAGAGAUACUGCUGCGACAGGACAAUGUCGACUCCAAAUCCUAUGAACAGGCAGUUUCCGCGGCAGCCAAGGAAAGUCAUGAGAAUACAAUGAAAUUUCUUCUUGAAGACCUCAUUUUCUCAAGUGCAAGGGACAGAUACGGUUCAAUAGCACUAAUCUCUGCUGCAACUCAUGGUAGCAAAGCUAUUGUCGAACUGCUGCUGACGAGCGAGGGCAUCAACUUCAGCCAAGAUGCUAUUCACGAAGCAUUAAUCGGAGCUGCGGAGACUGGACAUGAUGAUAUAGUAGAAACACUGCUUGGAAGAAAUGAUGUCGAUAUAAAUGCGGCAAGCUCGACUGGAAAACUGCUAUUAAUACAAGCUGCAGAAUACGGGCAAACGGAUGUCGUGAAAAUGCUGCUUGAGAGGGACAAUACCGAUGUAAACGUACAAGGCGCAUACGGCAGAACGGCACUAGAUGCCGCCGUGAGAAGUGAGAAGAAAGAUGUGCUUGAGCUUCUAUGGGCAAGGGAAGAUCUGAACGAAAUCAACUAUCAGGGAUUGCUAUGGGUGGCUGCAGGGGAUUACUGCGAGGAUGUAAUGGAUUUUCUACUGUCCAAAGCGUGUGCUAAAUAUCCUGGUCGAACUCCUCUAUCAUUAUCCGCAGAAGCUGGCUCCAAAGAGGCAGUGCAGGCCCUUCUGAAAAGAGAUGGUGUCGAUGCAAACUUGAAGGAUGAAGACGGUCGAACACCGCUAUCAUACGCCGCCGAGAAAUCGCAUUGGACUGUGGUGCAAAUCCUAGUCCGAAAUAACGCUGAUGUAGACCUAAAGGACAACAUCGGUCGGACGCCGCUAUCAUACGCUGCAGCGAAUGAAGGUCCGAAAAUAAUAAGGUAUUUACUACAACAGAACGCCGAUAUAAACCUAAAGGAUAAUGUCGGCCGAACGCCGCUUUCAUACGCUGCAGAGAACGGACAUCAGAUCGAGGUAGAGAUACUGCUACAACACAACGCCGAUCCCAAUUUAAAGGAUAAUGACGGCAGAAUGCCGCUCUGGUGGGCUAUACAGAACAGCCAUGAAGCAUCGAUGAAACAACUCGCACCCAUUGACACUGGCACGCUGCUUUUUUUGACUCAACAUGGGGAACAGGCUGCGAUCAAGCUGCUCUUGCGCCAUAACCCAAUUGUGGACCAGAGAAACCACCGCGGACAAACAGCCUUACAUCUAGCGGUGAUUUUGGGACAUCAGGAUAUUGCAGAAACCCUCAUGUUGCAUUGCAAAGUCAACCUGAAAGAUAAUUACGGUAUGACGCCGCUUCAACUAGCCAUGCAGAGAAGAGAUGGGCAUCUUAUCCAAAGAUUACUUGAGCUCAAAGCACAUACAAAAGGGAUUAUGGCGAAAGAGUGGCGCGAUGCAUACAGGAAACGGAAUGAAGAUGUGGUCCUAUUACAUGAAGGACUUGGUGGGGAGCACUACGUUACUUUUCCUGAGACGCUCCAAGCUGGAGAAGAUCUAUUGCAUACCUCGUCUACAAUACAGAGCCGCCUGUACAUGUUGACGGACGACUUGAAUAGUCCGAUUUGGUCAAGUUUACCAAUCAAGUUAUUUGAACAAAAGAAAUUGGAGUCAAAUAAGUUACAAAUAAUUACGGAAAAGACGGAUAACAUUGUGGAUAUUUCCAUCUCAUUACAGCUAUCCAUUUACAAAUACCUCAACGACCAACAUUUGGGCAUGGAUGAUAAUAAAGUAAACAGAAUCAUGUGGAGAAUUAUACAACCGGCAAUCCCUGGCAGCCCAUGGACUUCAAUAGCGUACUUCAGCACACUGCCAUAUGGCUGGAUUCCAGAAGAUGGUGUCGAUCUAUUCCAACAAUUUUUUACCCACAUCAAAACAGAAUGGUUGGAUCUGUGUGAUAAAUUUGCUGAUUACUUGGCUAAGCGGCGACUUGAGCAACUUGAAUCCAAGGGAAAAAGGCAGGAGAUGAUAGAUUUCCUCGCAAAGGACGCGCAGAAACUGGCCAACCUUCGCACUAUUUUGGCAAACCAUACCUUGGAAGGCGAGAAGUUUAUAAAGGAUUAUUGCCUGCAUUAUAAUGCGAAUCAAUUUCCACAAGAUCUACUCGGGCUACUCAAGGACGACAUUGAACUUGGAAUAAGGAAAAGGAUCGAGGAAUUGGAUCAAACAGUCAGAGACCUCCUCAAUAUCGAAUUUGCAUGGAUUACAAUACAUGAGACGAGAGUUUCAACCAAAUUAGGACAGAAUGUAAUGCUCCUUACUUAUGUGAGCAUUUUUUAUCUCCCCUUGGGGUUCUGCGCGGCACUCUGGGCAAUCCCGAAUAUAACAGAUCCGAGCACGAGAACGCCAUUUAUUUUGACAGCAGUCAUUGUUUCUUUAAUUACUCUGAUGGUCACAUUCAACAUGGAGAAAAUAGCCGCUAUUCUGCAGCAAGGCUAUGAGUAUUAUGCUUCUCUGAGGAAAGAAAAGACAAAGAUCCAGAAUCUGAGUCUUCCUUAG